AACCAGAGAUACCCACCCAGAUCUUAUGAACUUUUGAAGGAAAGACAUUCGAACAGACAAACCUUUUACUCCAGUCGCUGGUAUCAGGAUCCCAGAAUCGACACAACAAAAAAUAAAAUGGCUCCCGGUGGCUCGAAACGGAGAAAGCUGGCCCACGACUCAGACGACGAGUCCCGGCCGCCAGUUGUCACCAAAAAGGUCCAAAAAUCCUUCUUCAAGAACGCCUCAAACUGGAAUCUUGAACAGGACUAUGAGUCGCGCCCGCGCAAAGGCAAGAAGGCACAGAAGGAUUCUAAUCGCCUGCCUGUCAAGACUGCCGAUGGCCGAUUGGAGCAAGCCGACGCCAUAGAGGAGGAGGAGACGGCGUCGAUUGAGAGCGACACCGAGUGGUUGGAGGGCCGCGAGGAUGAGAUUGAGGAGGAGCCUGAAGUCGAGGAGGAAGAGAUCCCCGAGGUCCCUGAGCCCCAGCAGAUCAGGGAAGCUCAGGAGGAGCUGGCCAAGAUUGCCAUGGCCAUGAACGAGAACCCAGAGGAGCACGUUGGCGCAUUCAAGGCACUGGCCAAGAUUGGACAGUCCAAGAUCGUGACCAUCCAGAUGCUCGCCCUCAUGACCCAGAUGUCAGUCUACAAGGACGUCAUUCCCGGCUACCGAAUACGCCCGCAGGAGGAAAAUGGACCCAAGGAGCAGUUGUCAAAGGACGUUCGCACACUGAGGCAAUACGAGCAAGCGCUGGUGUCCGGAUACCAGUCCUACAUUAAAGAGCUCGCCCGCUGCUCGAAGAUGGAGAUUAGAGCAGCCCGUGGAGGCCAGACCCUGUCGACCAUCGCCAUCACCUGCGCCUGCACCCUCGUCACAUCGGUUCCUCACUUCAACUUCCGUAGUGAUCUGCUCAGGAUCCUCGUGGGGAAGCUCAGCAGGCGCAAAAUCAACGCCGACGGCGUCAAGUGCCUCGAGGCGCUCGACACGCUGCUCCGUGACGACGAGGAAGGGAGACCGUCUCAGGAGACGGUAUCAUUCCUCGCCAAGAUGAUGAGGGCACGCGAGUUCUACGUCGAUGAGAGAGUCAUCAACCUCUUCCUCAGCCUGCGCCUCCUCUCCGAGUUCUCCGGCAAGGCGUCCCAGGACAAUGUUGAAGGAAUGACGCAAGUCAAGAAGAAACGCGAGUUCCGCACCAAGCGAGAACGCAAGGCGAAGAAGGAAUUGAAGGCACUCGACAGGGAUAUGUCGCAGGCCGACGCCGUCGUCAGCCACGAUGAGCUUGAGCGCAUGCAGUCCGAGACCCUUAAGCUGGUCUUCGCAACAUACUUCCGCAUUCUCAAGUUGCGGAUGCCGCACCUGAUGGGCGCCGUGCUCGAGGGAUUAGCCAAGUAUUCCCAUCUCAUCAACCAGGACUUCUUUGGUGAUCUUCUUGAGGCCCUCAAGGACUUGAUCCGACAUAGCGAUGACGACGCCAACGAGGAUCCCGCUGCUGACGGUGAGGAGGAGGAGGAAGAGGAAGAUGAGGACGACGUGCCAACUCGAAACCUGACUCGCGAGGCCCUGCUCUGCACCGUUACUGCCUUCGCCCUCCUCGCCGGCCAAGAUGCCCACAACUCCCGUAACGAUCUCCACCUCGACCUCUCCUUCUUCACCACGCACCUCUUCAAGUCCCUCCUCUCUCUGUCUACCAACCCCGACCUCGAGCUCACCCGCCCAUCCAACACAAGCGACUCCACCACCUCCAAGGUCAACGUCCAGACCACUACCGUCCUCCUCCUCCGUUCCCUCACUGGCAUCCUCCUCCCGCCCUGGAACAUCCGUUCCGUGCCCCCGCUGCGCCUCGCCGCCUUCGUCAAGCAACUCAUGACAGCUGCCUUGCAGAUGCCCGACAAGUCCACACAGGCUGUCCUCGUCCUGCUCAGCGACAUAGCCCACACUCACAGCAAAAAGGUUUGCAGUCUGUGGAACACGGAGGAGCGCAAGGGUGACGGUCGCUACAUUCCUACUAGCGAUAGCGUCGAAGGAAGUAAUCCCUUUACGGCGACGGUCUGGGAGGGUGAAUUGUUGAGAAAGCAUUACUCUCCCAAGGUCCGGGAGGGCGUCAAGUUGCUAGAGAAGGGAAUGAACAGUUAGAUGUACAUAAGAGACAGACACGGCGCAAAAGAAUUAAUUUCGUCAUACUGAUUUUGGACAUAUGUUCUGGAAUGGGCGAUUAUUUAGGUUCACUGGACUCUUGUAAAGACAUAUUGCGUUGGCGUUCAACUUCGAACGCUUUGAUGUGUCACAUGAAGUAGUUACGAAACCCCCAAGAGCGAGUUUGUAUCUGCCUUCAUUAGUUUGUAGCCUAGCAGUUGUUUAGUUUCCUUCGUAUUCUCUCGGCUAGCUGCUCGUCUCAUAUCGAGGUUCGGCUCCUAUCGGCAUUCAUUCUUCGAUACAAGAUUCAUACAUAAGACCA